AUGAGUAGACUUAAUCGUCCUGUGGAUACCACAUCAUCAACAACAACUACUACUACAACAAGUACAUCAUCACAUGAUCAAGAGGAACAUGACCUAGUACUAGACAACCCAAGCUUUGAGUUUGCCCUCCCCAUCGAGGCCUCCACCAUGCUCCUACUCAACGAGUUGAUGGACUCUGAUCAAUAUAUGGACCAGCUGCCACUUCAGCUAAAGACCAUCGCUAUUCUUGAUGUUGUUGACAAUCAAUAUAAAGUUGCAUUGGUGAGCUAUAACAACUGUAGACUUGUAUUGGACACGAGUGAUUGUGCCACUGCACCGCCACACUCGAUCGGAUCACUUCAUCACUUCAUUGGAGAGCUACUUGGUGCGGGAUCUGUCGGCUCAGACUUGAGAGAAAGGAUUGUCAAGUGCUUCGAGAGACAUGAUAUACCAUUGGAUGGUGAGCCUGCACUUCUGGAGCAUUUCGUAAUGCGUCCACGUCUUUAUCGCAAUAUCGAAGGCACAGAUACCAACCUCUUCGAGACUGCAUUGUCCCUUCAAAGGCAUUUCAUGAAUACACUUGUUUAG